AACGCAUGCGCUUAACAUCCGUUGACCAUUUUGAACAAGUGUAACCAAAUAUCUGGGAAAAGUGGUUCGUUUUGUGAAAAAGUCCGUAAAAAAGGUUUUAAUAAUGUCUUGCGGGGCGGAAUGCCUUUCCCUGGGCCCACCGCCCGACUCCAUCAUGCACAUGCCGCCGCCGCCGCUGCCCGCCUUCCUCGCCAACAUCGCCAACCUGACGCCGCCCUGCCGAGCGUCCAAGUGUCCCCCCACGCACAAUGCGGAAGAGAACGCGCUGUUUCCCGGUGUCGAGUAUCACGAACUACCGAGACAUGAGCCGGCCAGCACAGACGACACGUGGUUCCUGGUGCUGAUCACAUGCUGCAUCGCCGUUCUGUGUAUCGCAGCUUUGCUGGCGCUGUUCUUGCUCAAGUGCCGAGAAGCGCGUGGCGGAUGCAAGAGUGGAACUGGCAAGGCGGGCGGUUCUAACGCUUUGUACGGAAGCGCUGCAUUGGACUCGCGAGUCCUCUGGGCGGCCCUCACUCCCCGGGGCACGCGGCACUUCGUCGCCGACACUUAUCCUCACGACGAAACUGAGGACCAUCACUACGAGUGCGUCGAACCUCCACUAUACAAGCUCGGCCCUCCAGACGACCUCGCUAUCACUCGACACUUCAACGUUGAAUACGAAGACCCGGCACCACUAAUCGAAAGUUACUCCGACAGAACAGAGGAAUACUUCCGUAGCGGAAUGGAGACCCUCCGUCGAGGGAACCGCCCUCUGGUUUCUUCUCCUACCAGGAUCGAAAGGCCAAACUUGCCCCCACUGAAUCUUCAGCCCAGGACCCUCCGAAGAGCCCCACAUUCACGCCGCGUCAGCGAUGCAAAUAACCCGGAAAAGUCGGCUAUCUGAACCGAGAAUGGCGCGGUAUUUUCCGUCGCCGAUUCAACUGACAUCGAUUACGAGUGGUCGAUAAACGAUUCCAACGUCGACCGACUCGUUUGAGAACCAUUAUUUUGCAGUUACAAAAGCAAAUAUUAUGAGUAGAUGCACUGAUCAUAAUUUCCUUUUUUAUUGCUUACCUUAGUCAGAAACUACAAAUGCUACUGGUCAGAUUAAUAGGUAGAACAUAUAGAUCACGAAUUCCAAGCCACCGCAAAAUUAUAGCUAACGUAACAACAAUGCUUUAUUACAGUAGCAGUUAACUUUUAAAGUAAAUUCGUCUGUACAUAAUUAUAUACCCUACCUGUAACACCUAGUAUGUAAGUAUGAAAAAUCAUGUAGAAUUCUGUAAUUUAACAAAAUUCCACAAUCAACGCUAUGUUAGCUAGGCUAGCAAGCUAGGGUAGCUGUUCUCAUAAUAAAAUCAUACCAAUGAAAUGUAGUAUAUGAGUAGGUAAACAACCGACUUUAUAUAUGGGUCUUCAUUUUUUUUGGAAUAAAAUCCUAUUUUUGCGGUUUACAAUAGAGUGAAGUGGUAGAAAUCGUCACGUAACGGAAAAGCGCUAAACAAAGUGUAUGUGUAUGUGUGUGCUUGACACUUUCGUUGUGUUUAAUGUGUAGAUAAAUGUCAUUUAGGUACUAUUAGUUUUAUUUUGUCAGUUAUUAAUUUAUAAUCCGUUUUAAUAUAACACGGAUUUUUUGUACAUAAAUCACAAUUCUCUAUUUUAUAUUUAUUUAUUGAAUUAUGAAUAAGAAAGGGGGUCUCCCAACCGUAAUUUUUUUAUAUGCAAUAGACUUGCCUAACUGUUUGUAACAUUUUUCUAUUCUAUAUGCACAUUUAAACUUUAGCAGGUUAUGUUAUAUUAAGUUUGUGUAAAUACAAUAUACUAGAAAAUAAUAGCUGCAAAAUUGCUGGAAUUCCCACUAGAAAGUGGUUAGUGGUAGUGUUAGUCGAUUUUGGGACCGCAGUGCUUCGGUAAUCCCUCCAAACGAUUUUACACAAUAGUGGACGUUCUACUAAAUUCUACACAGUGGUGGUGAUGAUCUACUAAAUUAUAGCAACUGCAUUAUGUAAUGUAUAAUACUCUUGACAUACAUCUAAGAUUAUUGAUAAUAUUUAUCUAGUCAUAAUUUAAAAAUAUAAAUAUUAUAUAUUUGCGUGUGUUAGUAAUACUACUAUUAUUGAAUUUACAUAAUCUUAAUGUCUUCUGUCACUCACACUUUACUUCGAGCAAUAGUAUUUAACUCAAUUGUCAAAAUCCAUGUUAAAAUAAAAUAGCAUCACAAACAAUUUUAUACUUAAUUAAUAAAAUGAAAUAUUUGGCAACA